UAGCACCACCAGAUAGCACAACCUCACCCGGUCAGCUGCACUAGGGACUCUCGAUUGACCGGCAUGAGCACAGAGGACGUCACGGCGCGUGGGUCAAGACCCAUCUGACCGUUGUUUAGUACCAUCUACGAAGUACCACGCGAAGCUUUUACACUUGAGCAUAGGCAACCGCAAACCAAACCAAACCCAUAUACGCCGGAGGGACAGGCCGUUCAACAGCAAGAGACCGCCAUGCCUCAGGAUCCAAACUUGUAUGGGCAGCGGCCCGCCAAGAAGCAGAAGCGGGGCACGGCUCUGUCGACGUCUCUGGACUUCAAGGCCCAGCUCACAUCACUCGUGUCCAACGCAAGCUCUUCCGGUACUACAUCCGGACGGGCCAGGCCAUCCAAAGCGCCCAAGGAUGACAUUUUCCGUCACAAGCCCAGGCAAGCCGAGAAGGGUGACACCAACAAACUGGUCCUCAAGGAGGUAGCCGGCACGGAAGAGGAUGCGGAGCAGCUCGCGCGGGCGAGGCGAAAGCUGGAGGACAAGGCCAGGCGGUACGCGGCGAUGAAGCGCGGGGACUACGUGCCGGGCGAGAAUGAAGCAGAGCCGCUAGUGGACUUUGAUCGGAAGUGGACGGAGGGCAGGGAGGACAAGGACGGGUACGCGUCGACGACCAGCUCCGACAGCGACGAAGAUGAAACGGCCAACGAGGUCAUCGAAUGGGACGACGAGUUUGGGAGACGCCGGCGUGGCACGAGGGCCGAGAAGGAGAAGAUGGACCGGAGGGCACGGCGAGGCCUGCUCGGGGCCGAGGAGCUGGAGCGCAUGUCAGCACGGCCAGCGGCGCCGAGCCAGCUCAUCUACGGCGACGCGAUCCAGUCCAUGGCGUUCAACCCAGACGACCCGGACAAGAUGGAGGAACUGGCACGGAAGCGCGACAGGAGCGCGACGCCGCCCGAAAUGAAGCACUACGACGCGGACAGAGAGAUCCGAACCAAGGGCGUCGGGUUCUACAAGUUUAGCAAGGACGAGGAGGGUCGGCAGCGGGAGUUUGCGACGCUCGAAGAGGAGAGGAAGCGGACGGAACAGGAACGCAAAGCGCGCGAGGACCAGAAGGAGGCACGCCGGCGGGAGAUUGAGCAGCGACGGCGAGACAUGGGGGCCAGACGGGCAAAACGCCAGGCGGACAGUUUCCUCGACGGGCUGACGGAGGGCUGAUUGCGUGGACGGGACGGGAUUGGUCGCGUGGGGGGAACAGAGCAAGGCGAAGCAACAUGCCAACACGAAGGAAUACGAUGCGACCUGAUACGUAUGAGGGAGUGUGUGCAGGCAGGUAGUGCCAGCCAUCGGACGGCGCAGCUGUCCAGCGUUUCAAUCGACUUGAUUGACUGCUGCUAGCGUCAAGGACGGACCGCGACAGCCGUUUAGCCUCAGCCAGGGCGUCUGCAGGCCGGGUCCUUGGACGUCCUCGUGGUCGUUUGGAGCUCCCUUUGCAGUGCUCGCCGACUGAAGCGCUGAUGGGGCGCGUGCGAGAUGGCUUUCCGGUGGGCCAAUGGGCUCGAUGACUGCUCUCCACGACGGCUGGCGUGCGUGGCCCAAUUUCCCCCACGGCCGCUGUAUCCGGAAGUUGAUGCGCCUGCUAGCGGGCUCACAUGCGCUGUCGUGAGGCUCUUUCUUUCUUUUCGGCCUGUCUAUGCUGGUGGUCCCUGCUGGUUCCGACGACGGCCGGCCACUACGACGAGACGCAUCCAACGUUGCGCAACGUGCUGACGACGCAGGCAGGCAGGCGGGCGGGCGGGCAGGCAAGCAAGCAAGCAAGCGUCUGGCGGCACGCGCACGCCGGCGGGUCAUGUCUGCGGGGCGAACUCGCGGCGUCGACGGCAUGGUUUUGCUCGUGGCCCAGCGAUGCAAAGAUGGCACGCAGAGGACCUGCCUGCUGCAUACUCUGAUUGAUCGUGGGGACGGGGACGAUUGCUUCAGGACACAGUUUCACA